CGCCAGGUGGUGUCUAUAUAAUGUGCUGAUUCUACCCGGUGUCCCCUUCUGCUUCUCAAACAUGCACCGACUGCUCUCUGUGUUGUGACGCCCUUCAAGCACACAUCGCCAGGUUCAUUGCCCUGUCACUUGCGUUCUACAUAUAUUCAACAUGGCCAGUAACAAGAAGUGGUACAACUCAUGGAGUCGCCAUCGGGGGAGGCAGGCGGCUGUACAGCUCGCUCAGGAGGUGGACGACACGCCCGACGCCUCUGAGCCACGCCGCUCCUCGGAGGAAGAAUCGACUGCCUUAGCCCUAUCCAGCUCGUCCCUCUUUGGAACCGACACGCGUUCAAACCCAGCUCGUCCUCCUCGUACACAAGAUGCAAGCGCUUCACUGCAUCCGUCUAGGGUCACGUCAGCGUCCAGUCCCUCAGUGUCCGGUCCCUCAGUGUCCGGUCUUUCAGCAUCCACCCCUUCAGCAUCCACUCCCUCAGCCUCCGCUUCCUCAGUGUCCAUUCCCUCAGCCUCCGCUUCCUCGGUGUCCACUCCCUCAACAUCCACUUCCUUAGCACCCUCAACCCCCACUCCGCAGCCCGUGGACGACACCAACGCGAGCCCCCGAGACAGAGUCGGCAACGCCAUUGCCCAAAGGCCUCCCGUCCCUCUUGCCGUUCCCGCGAGGAAAGUAGGUCGCGUCUCCUCCUCCAUUCCAUUGCGCUCCAAGUCCAAACGAAAGAGAGUCCACAUCGGCAGCAUCUUCAAGAAGAGGGAAGACACACCACCGGAGCCAGAAGAUGAAGAGCUCGAAAAACAACUGGAGACGUUCAAAUUAAUCGACGUCACCCGCUCCGAGCUCAACGUGAGUAAGCUCGCUUCCAGCCCCUUCCUUUCUCCUGAAGUUAGGAACUUUUGGGAACCGGGUGGUAAUGGAGAGGCGACGCAGAUCGCGGAGUGGGAGAGUACGGUGCCGCCUCUUGCGAAGAGCCGGGAGGGAAUGAACAUCGCGCCUUGGCGAACGGUUAAGCCUGCAAAUCAAGAUUCAAGACCUCCGGAUACGUGCUUGGACGCGAAGACGACCGAGCUGCACAUUCAGUAUAUGGCAGUGGGCGACACAGAUCUCCUGCCCGAGCCCGAGCCCGAGCUUGAGCCUACGCCCCCUCCACCGCCAGUGCCCACCCCAAGAAACGCAUCUUAUACCACCUCUAGCUCUUACGAUCCCAUGCGAACAGGCUCCGUUCAAUCUCCCUACGUUACUACACAUGGUGGAGACGGCGAGCAAGAGCCCGCGCGAACAGGCUCCUUGCGAUCUCCCUACCUUGCUUCACAUAGUGAACAUGGCGAGCAAGAUGCCACGCGAACAAACUCCCUUCAAUCUCCCUACCUCGCUUCAAACAGUGGAUACGACGAGCAAGAUCCCACACCAACAGUCUCCUAUCAAUCUCCCGAUCUUGCUUCACGUGGUGGACACCGCCAGCAAGUGCGUCGGCCGGACGCAUCGGCAUCGCAUGAUCGAGCAACGAGGCCUUCCUCUUCCCCACCACCGCCUGCGAGGCGGUCUCUGAAGUCUUCACAAACGCCAUUUCCAAAGUUGGAUCCAGUUCCAAGCCUAAGCGCGCCCUCCUCGCGAGGAGGAAGUCGUAUCACUUCCGCUAAGCUAGCUCCUGGGCCCGGAGGUCCCUCCAUGAGAGAUGCAGUCAGCAGUCGGACUUCUCUCGCGAUCGACAGGAGUCCCGCACCUAGCGCCGAGCAGGCCCGUCCGCAAAGGAGCCGAGUAGACAUAAGAGCCCAAAACCGUCCUCAGCCAGCUCCUCGACCCGGAGGUUCCUCCACGAGAGGUGCAGUCAGCAGCCAGACCUCUCCCGCGACCGGCAGGAGUUCCGCACCCAGCGCCAGCCAGGCUCAUCCGCAUAGGAGCCGCGUAGACACAAAGGCCUGGGAACGUCCCCGGCCGGGUGAUACCCCAGGGAGAGCACGUGAGGUGCGAAAACCGCCCAUCAAUACAACAACCCAGAGAGCCCACGGCAAAACCCCGCUCAACGGUCCCCGAAACUCGCCAUCAACGCUGCAACCAGCGAAAUCUGACCUGGACCAGAUUAGGGAGCUUCUAGGCGAGGGAAAGCCUGAGUCACGGCGGGAUUCAGUUGAACCAGCUGGCAAGGGUAACGCCCAAGCAUCGAACCAAAAGGCAGAGGCAACAACCGAGCAAAGUGAUGAGAGAGAUCCGUAGUCUGCGAGCAGCGUAAUAGAUAAUGAUACCCCGCCGAGCAACGAAAGCAAUUUGAGCGUUUUUGACGAACGCAGAGGAUUCGGUACUCGGUGCAGCGAAAUCGUCUGCGGUGCCUGACGCGCCGAUUUCGUAUACGUAGCAGCGCAGGAUUCUGCUAUUAGUCGGAAACCUUCAUCGAUAUAGUAAUAGCAUCCUAGGAAAUGGG